AUGACAGAGCAUUGUAUUUCUGACAUGUCUCCUGACCUGUUAGCUUGGUCUUCUUCAGGUCCUGCCUUAAGUCACAUAAGUCCAAGUUAUCAUCAGUGUCCCAUAAUUUCUUCUUUCUUCUACUUCUCCUUAGCACUUCUAGAGACAUUUCCUGAAAUACUUCCCCAAUGUGUUACAGGUAAACAUCUCGGAGUUGAAGCAUCUAAUAACAAUACUAUUGGAUCCAGUUUUAUGUUCUCUGGUAGAGGUGUAGUUAAAAUUCCAGGUAUAGUCAGUACUGGAAGUGGACCUAAUCCUGUAAUUCUAUCAUCUGAUUCUCAAAAUCCAUCUAAUCCUAGAAAUGGACAUAAUUCUGAGACACUAUCUGGUGGUUCUAUAAACUCAUCUAAUACUGGAAGUGGAGCAACUUCUAAGAGUAUCUCUGCUAAUACUGGAGAUAAACUCAAUUCUAAGAAUCCAUCUGAUUUUCAAAACUUACUUAAUCGUGGAAACGCCCCUGUUGAAGGAGCUAAGACUAGAGCUAAGACUGGUAACCAAUCUUCUGGUUCUCAAACCCCACUUAAUACUGGAAGUAGACCUAAUCCUGAAAUGUUAUCAUCUGGUUCUCAAAACCCAUCUAAUGCUAGAAAUGGACUUAAUUCUGAGACACCAUCUGGUGGUUCUCUAAACUCUUCUAAUACUGGAAGUGGAGCAACUUCUAAGAGUAUCUCUGCUAAUACUGGAGAUAUCCCUGCUAAUUCUAGGAAUCCAUCUGAUUUACAAAGCCCAAAUCCAUCUGAUUUUCAAAACCCACUUAAUCGUGGAAACACCCCUGUUGAAGGAGCUAAGACUGGUAUCCAAUCUCCUGGUUCUCAAACCCCACUUAAUACUGGAAGUAGACCUAAUCCUGAAAUGUUAUCAUCUGGUUCUCAAAACCUAUCUAAUCCUAGAAUUGGACUUAAUUCUAAGACACUAUCUGGUGGUUCUAUAAACUCAUCUAAUGCUGGAAGUGGAGCAACUUCUAAGAGUAUCUCUGCUAAUACUGGAGAUAUCUCUGCUAAUUCUAGGAAUCCAUCUGAUUUACAAAACCCAGUUAGUUCUAGAAAAGGCACUGGAGAUAAACUCAAUUCUAAGAAUCCAUCUGAUUUUCAAAACCCACUUAAUCGUGGAAACGCCCCUGUUGAAGGAGCUAAGACUGGUAUCCAAUCUCCUGGUUCUCAAACCCCACUUAAUACUGGAAGUAGACCUAAUUCUGAAAUGUUAUCAUCUGAUUCUCAAAACCUAUCUAAUCCUAGAAUUGGACUUAAUUCUGAGACACCAUCUGGUGGUUCUGUAAAGCCCUCUAAUGCUGGAGGUAUCUCUGCUAAUUCUAGGAAUCCAUCUGAUUUUCAAAACCCAGUUAGUUCUAAAAAAGGCCAUGCUGAAGGAACUAACGCUGAUAUUCAAUCUCCUGGUUUUCAAAAUUCACCUAAUAAUGGACAGGAAGCAGGUAUUGAUGCAUCAAAAACCUCUGAUACAAGGGCAAAUAUUUCACCUUCAAAAGAUUCACAACAGAAAGCCAAAAUUUCUAUUGGUAACCAAAUACAGCCUGAUACUGUUCCAAAGAAAACUCCAGUGAGCACAGCUUACAAUGAAGCACCCUCAUCUGCACAUUUCAUGGGCUAUUUCUUAACAGCUAUUGUUCUUUGUAUUGCUGGAUAUAUUGUUUUCCACAACAAACAAAAGAUCAUUGCGUUCAUCAUAGAAGGGCGAAACCAGAAACGUGGUCGGCGGCCAAAUGCUAAUGAAUAUAAGAAACUGCAAACUAAUGUUGAUGAUGUAAUGGUUUCUUUAGAUAAGUCAACAACUGCACAGAAUUAUAUAUAUUAAAAUUAAUUUUUUUUAUAUAUUGAGUAAUUUGGUAUAUAUAUAUAUUUUUUUUCAUACUGACAAUUUUCAACAUUUUUUUUUUUUUUUUUUUUUUAAAUCCAAUUCACCACUAAUCCAUUCACCAGAUUUUUUGUUCUCAUACUGUGUAAAAACUAACAUUUUUCUUUUUCCUGAAACUAUUACCACCUUUUUAAAACUUGUUUGAGUUUCAUUUCAGUUUUACAAGAGUUAACAAGUACUCUAAAUCUAUUCUCUUUCCUGUUUUAGUUGAAUUAAAUUUCAAAUACAUUGUGAAGUAUACAAAUAAAUUAUUUGUGGCUUUUCAUUUGGAUUCCUAUUUCUGUUUCCAAACAAUUUUAUUAUAAUUA